AUGGAUAUUGCCCUUGCAGUGUUAAUGCAAAUUCUCCUACACAUUUUUCGAAAAAAGAUCCUCAUCAUCAUGUCGCUGAAGAUUGUCAUCGAGCAAAACAACAGAACUAUUACUUGCUUGAAAGACCAAGACUUCUCGAGUGCCCUUGAGUCUUCGUCGGAAGCUCUGAGGCUCUACCACAGUGCGCUAGUGCAUAGCUCGGAAGAAGAUGAAUGCCCACCACCUUCCAUGACUGCACACACUGACAGUGACUAUUUGGAUCAGUGUCUGCUUCAAUCCGAAGUCGUCGACGACGAGACUGAAGCAAAAGCUCAUCAACCAUUCAUCUACAGAAGCGCCAUCCCACUCCCUCCUUCCAUCAUCACUGAUUCCGCAGCAAUGGUUGCCCCGAUUCUCAUCUUCAAUAUAGCACUUGCUUACCAUCUUCGUGCAGACGAUGACGAUGGUACGACCCCUGGACAUCAAAUCAGUUUGAAGGGUCUCCAUAAAGCGAGAUGCUUGUACGAGAAGGCAUAUGAAGCUCAUGGCAUUGAUCAAAAUGUGCUCUUUCAGUUUGUUAUUCUGAACAAUAUUGCAAUCAUCGAUCAACGCAUGGGAAACUAUGCGAUGAUGCAAAGCUGUUUUGAGCACUUGACCUCAUUAUUCAUGCUGCUUGUUGACCAAGGAUGCAGUGUGCGAUUGAGACACAUUGUGGGUUUUCUGAGCAAUCUUUCAUCGGCGGCCCAGCCGGCCUCGGCGGCAGCGUGA